ACAACAGAUUUUAGUCUUAAUCCAAAUACAGCAUAAUUUGGAGCAUUGCUUCGCGCUAAAAAAGAGUGUAUGCGAUGGGAGAGAAAAUAGAUUCAAAUAACUUUUCUCUGGGAACAAUCCUACGAACAAGUCUUCUCUGGCAAACGAAGGAAUUCUUCAAUAAUUCCACCCUCCAUGGUGUGAGAUACAUUGCCGAACAAGGAAGACCCUUUGCGGAGAGAUUUAUGUGGUUCUGCUUCACAGCCAUUGGGGCUGUUGCAGCAUUUAUCAUCAUCGUGAGUCUAUGGGAGAAAUUUCAAACUAAUCCCACAAUUACUGGACUCGAUACUGACUUUCACAACCAACAUGUUAUCUUUCCCACAAUCCUCAUUUGCCCCCUUGAAUCCUUUGAUGAGGAUAAAGUGAGAAGUUUUGCUCAGGAAAAGGUGGCUAAAUCAGAAACGGAUUACGAACGUUACGAAGAAUUCCUCAAAUCAAUUACAAAACUCUCCUAUUCCACCCUCGAAGAAGCAGUUAAAAUCACCGAGAUUGUAUUGCCUGACCCAAAUAUUGAGGAAUUAUCCAUUCGAUCAGUUGCCUUCAACACAGCCAUCUCAUGCCCAGACCUCUUUGUUGCUUGCGAAUUUCGAGAUGAUCCCAUUGAGUGCUGCGAGAGUUUUCUGCCCAAAUACACGGAGCAUGGGUUUUGCUAUGCCUUCAAUCCACGCUUUCAGGAAACAGAGGUGACAAUUGAUCGUUACAAGUUGCAGCAUGAACUCCUAGAGACAGAUCGCAAGUGGGCUAUUCAUCUCAUUCUCCAGCGCAGUUCUGCGGUAUUCAUUCAUGCUCAAUCUGAGAUUUCUGGAUGGGAUUUUCGUCCUCAACUUGAUUGGCGUACAGACUUUUCAUCUGAUCUUCUCAUUACAAUGAAGCAAACAUAUACCACAGAAGAGGCACGUCAGUUAAGUAUUGGACAGAGAAAGUGUAUUUUCCCCAAUGAGGUGAGCAUAAAAAGUUUUCCCUUCGAUGCGGACUAUACCUUCACGGGUUGCAUGAUGGAUUGUCGCAUACAGAAGAGCAUUAAACUUUGUCAUUGUUUGCCACCUUUCUACCACUCAAUGGUGGGAUCUCAAGUUCCCUACUGCACAGCUCAGGAGCUUAGUUGUCUCUCACGCUACGCCAGGAACAUCACGCAAAUCACGGACUGUCGUCAGUGCGAAUUGAGUUGUCUCAACACCGUCUAUGACGUGGAUAAACUCACAAAGGUCUCAAAUGCUGAAUCUACGCAUGAGGGUGGUGCCUACAUCAAUGUGGAGUACCUCACAUGGCCGAUUAUCCGAUACAAACGUGAAGUUCUUUUCGGUUGGGUAGAUCUCUUGGUGUCCUUUGGUGGCAUUGCGGGUCUCUUUCUUGGCUUCAGUCUACUAAGUGGCGUGGAGAUCUUGUACUACUUCACACUUAGGGCUUGUUGUAUGGUGUAUAAAGAUCGCGAUGUUCUCGAAGGGGUUGAACGAGAGAAAGUCAAUCGACCACCACCGAGAGUUAAUUUGAGCCUCCGAAUUGGCAAGAUUACCACAAAAACUCCCCAUAAAAAUCCCAUUAGGCCCAAGAAACAUGAGAAACCACUCAAGAUCACCCCCUUCAGACAAUCUCACAUCUCAACUAUUCAUUUAAGUGUGGCAAACACUGAAAAAUCAACCAAUUUUCCGUAUCUACCAUAAAAAUCAUGCAUAUGUGUGUUUGUUCCAUGUUUGCUUACAUUUGAGGAUUUGCUUUGGUGAGAAUGUUUCCCUUUUGCUUUCCCCCUAACAUAGAUUGAACGGAUUGAACAUUUCUCUCGCAACUCAUUCAAAUAACAUAAUUAACUGCGUGUUGUGUCAAUAAACAAUUUGAAGAGAAUAUUUGUGAUUUACGUAGUUCUGCCAGUUCAGCGACAAAAUAAAUUUAAAGAAAUCUCUUUAUGUUAAAUAUUUCAAAUUAUUCCUUUUAUUAUUUAAACUUUAUGUACAAAAACACUC